GGCCCGCCCCCAGCCCCUCCGGCCCCGGCCCGCGCUCUGCCCCUUUAAGAAGCCCAGGUAGGCAGGCCGGGCCGCGGGACCGCUCCUAUGGCAACUCGCGAGCCGCGGCGGCUUCAUGAAUAUUCCGGGGCGCGGGAGCCCGAGCGCUGCCGGAGGGCUCUCCGGGGGAGGCGCCCGUUGAUGUAAGCCCGGCGGGCCGCUGGGCUCCGCGCGGCUGCGGCGGGGGCCCCGGGACGGCCCGGCCGGGCUCGGCCGGGAGAGGGAGGCGAGCUCGCGGGGAGCUGGCCACAAAGCCCGGGCAGCCGGACCGACGGACAGCCGCCCGCGCCGGGACGCAGCGGGAGCCGCGGGCCGUGCGCUCUGCGCUCCCGAGCGGCUCCCGGAGCGCCGCGGCCCGGCGCGGCUGGUGCCGGCGCCCAUUGUUCCCCGCGGGGGCGGGGCGCCUGGAGCCGGGCCGCGCGCCGCGCCCCUGAGCGCGGGAGGGAGGGCGGGAGCGCGGGGUCCCCGCGCCCAGCCCGGGCGCGAGGAGGCGCAGCGCGGAGAGCCCGGGACGGGAGCCGGACUGGGAGCCUCCCGCGGCGCGCAGCAUGGGCGACUGAGGAGCCCCGCGCCGGCCGCGAAGGACUCGUCCCCACGGGCUGACUGACAGGCGGGCGGACCUGGAGCGGCUCCGCGGCGCCGCGCCCCUGUGCCCGGCCCGGCCCUGGCGCCAUGGACAAGCUGCCGCCGUCCAUGCGCAAGCGGCUCUACAGCCUCCCGCAGCAGGUGGGGGCCAAGGCGUGGAUCAUGGACGAGGAAGAGGACGCCGAGGAGGAUGGGGCCGGGGGCCGCCAAGACCCCAGCCGCAGAAGCAUCCGGCUGCGGCCGCUGCCCUCGCCGUCGCCCUCCGUGGCCGCGGGCAGCGCGGAGUCCCGGGGCGCGGCCCUCGGGGCAGCGGACAGCGAGGGGCCGGCCCGCGGCGCGGCCAAGUCCAGCACGAACGGCGACUGCAGGCGCUUCCGCGGGAGCCUGGCCUCGCUGGGCAGCCGGGGCGGCGGCGGCGGCGCGGGCAGCGGCAGCAGCCACGGGCACCUGCACGACUCCGCGGAGGAGCGGCGGCUCAUCGCCGAGGGCGACGCGUCCCCUGGCGAGGACAGGACGCCCCCGGGCCUGGCGGCGGAGUCCGAGCGCCCCGGAGCCUCGGCGCAGCCCGCAGCCUCGCCGCCGCCGCCCCAGCAGCCGCCACAGCCGGCCUCCGCCUCCUGCGAGCAGCCCUCCGCUGACACCGCUGUCAAAGUGGAGGGAGGCGCGGCCGCCGGCGACCAGAUCCUCCCCGAGGCUGAGGUCCGCCUGGGCCAGGCCGGCUUCAUGCAGCGCCAGUUCGGGGCCAUGCUCCAACCUGGAGUCAACAAAUUCUCCCUGAGGAUGUUCGGCAGCCAGAAAGCCGUGGAGCGCGAGCAGGAGAGGGUUAAAUCGGCGGGGUUUUGGAUUAUCCACCCCUACAGCGACUUCAGAUUUUACUGGGACCUGACCAUGCUGCUGCUGAUGGUGGGAAACCUGAUCAUCAUUCCUGUGGGCAUCACCUUCUUCAAGGAUGAGAACACCACGCCCUGGAUUGUCUUCAACGUGGUGUCCGACACGUUCUUCCUCAUCGACUUGGUCCUCAACUUCCGCACAGGGAUCGUGGUGGAGGACAACACAGAGAUCAUCCUGGACCCACAGCGGAUUAAGAUGAAGUACCUGAAAAGCUGGUUUGUGGUGGAUUUCAUCUCCUCCAUCCCUGUGGAUUACAUCUUCCUCAUCGUGGAGACUCGCAUUGACUCGGAGGUCUACAAGACUGCUCGGGCCCUGCGCAUUGUCCGCUUCACCAAGAUCCUCAGCCUCUUGCGCCUCCUACGUCUCUCCCGCCUCAUCCGAUACAUCCACCAGUGGGAAGAGAUCUUCCACAUGACCUACGACCUGGCGAGCGCGGUGGUGCGCAUCGUGAACCUCAUCGGCAUGAUGCUGCUGCUGUGCCACUGGGACGGCUGCCUGCAGUUCCUGGUGCCCAUGCUGCAGGACUUCCCCGACGACUGCUGGGUGUCCAUCAACCACAUGGUGAACAGCUCCUGGGGCAAGCAGUACUCCUACGCCCUGUUCAAGGCCAUGAGCCACAUGCUGUGCAUCGGGUACGGGCGGCAGGCGCCCGUGGGCAUGUCCGACGUGUGGCUCACCAUGCUCAGCAUGAUCGUUGGCGCCACCUGCUACGCCAUGUUCAUCGGCCACGCCACCGCCCUCAUCCAGUCUCUGGACUCCUCCCGGCGCCAGUACCAGGAAAAGUACAAGCAGGUGGAGCAGUACAUGUCCUUCCACAAGCUCCCGCCCGACACCCGGCAGCGCAUCCACGACUACUACGAGCACCGCUACCAGGGCAAGAUGUUCGACGAGGAGAGCAUCCUCGGCGAGCUGAGCGAGCCGCUGCGGGAGGAGAUCAUCAACUUUAACUGCCGGAAGCUGGUGGCCUCCAUGCCACUGUUUGCCAACGCGGACCCCAACUUUGUGACGUCCAUGCUGACCAAGCUGCGCUUUGAGGUCUUCCAGCCCGGGGACUACAUCAUCCGGGAAGGCACCAUUGGCAAGAAGAUGUACUUCAUCCAGCACGGCGUGGUCAGCGUGCUCACCAAGGGCAACAAGGAGACCAAGCUGGCUGAUGGCUCCUACUUUGGAGAGAUCUGCCUGCUGACCCGGGGCCGGCGCACGGCCAGCGUCAGGGCCGACACCUACUGCCGCCUCUACUCGCUGAGCGUGGACAACUUCAACGAGGUGCUGGAGGAGUACCCCAUGAUGCGGCGGGCCUUCGAGACCGUGGCGCUGGACCGCCUGGACCGCAUCGGCAAGAAGAACUCCAUCCUCCUGCACAAAGUGCAGCAUGACCUCAACUCCGGCGUGUUCAACUACCAGGAGAACGAGAUCAUCCAGCAGAUCGUGCAGCACGACCGGGAGAUGGCCCACUGUGCCCACCGCGUCCAGGCCGCGGCCUCGGCCACCCCGGCCCCCACGCCCGUCAUCUGGACACCGCUGAUCCAGGCACCCCUGCAAGCUGCCGCUGCCACCACGUCCGUGGCCAUAGCCCUCACCCACCACCCCCGCCUGCCCACCGCCAUCUUCCGCCCGCCCCCAGGACCCGCGCUGGGCAACCUGGGGGCCGGGCAAACGCCCAGGCACCUGAAGCGCCUGCAGUCCCUGAUCCCCUCCGCGCUGGGCUCCGCCUCGCCCGCCAGCAGCCCCUCCCAGGUGGACACGCCGUCCUCAUCUUCCUUCCACAUCCAGCAGCUGGCCGGCUUCUCCGCGCCCGCUGGACUGAGCCCCCUCCUGCCCUCGUCCAGCUCCUCCCCGCCGCCAGGGGCCUGCGGCUCCCCGCCGGCUCCCACGCCCCCCGCUGCCACGGCUGCCGCCACCACAGCUGGGUUUGGCCACUUCCACAAGGCGCUGGGCGGCUCUCUGUCCUCUUCCGAUUCUCCGCUGCUCACCCCACUGCAGCCAGGUGCCCGCUCCCCACAGGCCGCCCAGCCGCCCCCGCUGCCAGGGGCCCGCGGAGGCCUGGGGCUCCUGGAGCACUUCCUGCCGCCCCCGCCCUCGUGCAGGUCCCCGUCGUCCAGCCCUGGGCAGCUGGGCCAGCCUCCCGGGGAGCUGUCCCCAGGCCUGGCCGCCGGCCCAGCAUGUACGCCAGAGACACCCCCUCGGCAGCCCGAGCGGCAGUCCCUCGUGGCAGGGGCCUCUGGGGGGGCAUCCCCUGGAGCCUUUCCCCCCCGGGGAGGUGUCAGCCCGCCGGGCCACAGCCCAGGCCCCCCAAGAACUUUCCCCAGUGCCCCACCCCGGGCCUCUGGCUCCCACAGCUCCCUGCUCCUGCCGCCCGCGUCCAGCCCCCCACCGCCCCAGGUCCCCCAGCGCCGGGGCACACCCCCCCUCACCCCAGGCCGCCUAACCCAGGACCUCAAGCUCAUCUCAGCCUCUCAGCCGGCCCUGCCCCAGGACGGGGUGCAGACUCUCCGCAGAGCCUCUCCACACUCCUCCGGGGAGUCCGUGGCUGCCUUCCCGCUCCUGCCCAGGGCGGGGGGCAGCAGCGCGGGCAGUGGGGGCCUCGGGCCCCCCGGGAGGCCCUAUGGUGCCGUCCCAGGCCAGCACGUCACUCUGCCUCGGAAGACAUCCUCAGGUUCUUUGCCACCCCCUCUUUCUUUGUUUGGGGCAAAAGCCACCUCUUCUGGGGGGCCCCCUCUGACUGCUGCACCCCAGAGGGAACCUGGGGCCAGGUCCGAGCCGGCGCGCUCCAAACUGCCGUCCAACCUGUGAGCGGGGUCCCCUCCCCUUCGCACCCCUCCUCCCUCCCUGCCUCCUUCAGGGUUAACUGUGAUUAGGAGAUACACCAAUAACAAUAAUAAUCGUUAAAAACCCA